GAUGCCCCGCUAUAACAUGUUACAUAUCUACGGUCCGUCAACACCCUGGCUCUUACCUAAAUAUUAUCCCGAUUUCUAUCUACUAGGAGUUUAUUUUCCUCUCAAAUUGUAACGAGCUUCGCAAUUCGUCAAUCCGGGAUCUGAACUUCGACUUCAGCGGUUCCGACGUCUUGUCAGGAACCUGGAAACAUCAUUCUCCGGGGUUUAUGGCGGCGUUAAUGCGAGUGGCGGUGAUCGGUGCCGGGGCUGCUGGACUGUGUGCAGCCAGACACAUCCUGGCCCGCCCCAAAAUCUUUGCUCCCCCAGUCCUAUUCGAGCUGUCAGAAGAUGUCGGAGGAACCUGGCGUUACGACGAGCGGGUGGGCUGUGACGACAACGGCCGCGCCAUCCACAGCAGCAUGUACCGAAACCUCAGAACCAAUCUCCCCAAAGAGGUGAUGAUGUUUCCGGACUUUCCCUUUGAGGAGAAACUGAGUAGCUUCCUCCCGCAUGAAGAAGUUCAACGCUACCUGCAGAGCUACUGUCAGAAUUUUGGCAUACGACCUCACAUAAGGUUCAACACUGCAGUUGAACGGGUGAAGCCUGUCUCUGUGGAGGAUGAGGCGACUCGGUGGGAAGUGACAAGCUACGAGUCGUCUGGCUGUUGGACGACUCAAAUAUUUGACUCGGUGUUUGUCUGUUCAGGGCACUAUGCUGAUCCACACAUCCCACACAUUCCUGGCUUGGAUAACUUCAAAGGCCAAGUCCUGCACAGCCACUCGUACCGGAGUCCGGAACCUUUUGCCGGUCGUUCUGUGGUGGUUCUUGGUGCUGGAGCUUCUGGAAUGGACAUUUCAAUUGAGCUGGCCAAUGCUGGUGCUUCGGUGAUUCUUAGUCACAAUCGCCCUCUACUCACUUUUCCUUUGCCACCUGGGAUCCAGCAAGCUCAGCUGCUUCUGGAAGUGGCGGAUGACGGAACCAUGACCUUUCAGGACAGAGCGGCGGUCUCCGCAGACGUCCUGCUCCUCUGCACCGGCUACAACUUCAACUACCCGUUUCUUGAAGGCAAAGAGCUCGGGCUGGAGAUCCAGGACCACCUGGUGACGCCACUCUACCGUUUCCUGAUGCCACCUGCUUAUCCCUCCCUCUUCUUCAUUGGAAUCUGCAAAAUCAUUUGCCCCUUCCCCAAUUUCCACAUUCAGGUCCAGUACGCUCUGGCAGUCCUGGACCGAACCGUCACGCUGCCCUCUAGGGCUCAGAUGGAGGCAGAGACUCGUCAGGAGCUGCAGAAGAAGUCUGAGCGUGGGGUGGAACAGCAGCACCUGCUCAAACUGGAACAGGACCAAUGGGAUUACUGCACUGGGCUGGCUAAGUCCGCCCGCUUUCCGCCUCUGCCGCCCGUCAUACGCAGUCUGUAUGAAGAGGUCUGGCGACAGCGGCGGGUUCACCCGCAAAACUACCGCCUGCUAAACUACAAACUUACCAGUGACAUCCACUGGACAGAAGUAGACUAAGAAGGUGUGUAUGUUAGCACUUGCUUUUGACUGAAACCCAAGUAGCUGGGGAGAUUUCAAUGAAUUUCUGAGGCACUGUGGUUAUGGACUAGGAGCCUUAUUGUUCGAGAAAUUGUGGGUGAUACAUCAGUAGAAUCCCCCAAACUACAUUCUCCCCGUCCCCAUCAGAGCCAUUCAAGGAGCCCUUUAAGGAAGAUGAGAUUCUAUAACUGCACUGUUGCAGAAAGGUGUACUAUCGUACAAAGGUGCCUCAUUUUGUGUAUUCUGUCGAUGCCAGAAUGUGAUCAAGUUAAUGUUUUUAUGGAAGUGAUUGACUUACACUGCUACACUUGCUGCUCUUGGAUUGUGCCGUCGGCCAUUUUACC